UUAAGCAUUCUUGUAUUGGCCAACAAUAAGUUAUCAGGAAAAAUACCAAUAUCUAUCGGUUCCUUAACUCAGAUUACAGCACUGAAUUUAGGAAGCAAUAGUUUAAGCCAAGAACUACCCUCAUCCUUGAAGAGGUGCACAAACUUGGUGGCAUUGAAUGUGGGAGAAAAUAGAUUAUUCGGACCAAUGCCAACAUGGAUUGGAGAGAGUCUACCGAAUGUUGUUAUUCUUACCCUAAGAUCCAACCACUUCUUUGGUAGCAUUCCCUCAAAUCUAUGCCAAAUGUCACAUCUUAAUCUAUUGGACCUGUCCUCAAACAACAUCUCAGGAAGUAUUCCGAAAUGUCUCAAUAAUUUGACUGCAAUGAAGGCACAGAAUGUGAGCUUUUUCACAACCAUUGACCAUGAUUAUUCAUAUGGUACUGAAGGAUCUGCUACAUACACAUCUUAUGAUGAUCAAGUACAACUGGUAUGGAAAGGAACACUUUCUGUGUUUCGCAAUACAUUGGGACUUGUAAGGACUAUUGAUCUAUCAAACAAUAAGCUCACAGGUGAAAUACCAACAGAAAUCACUGAACUUGUUGAGCUAGUUUCUCUCAAUUUAUCAAGAAAUAGUUUAAGUGGAGAAAUACCCUCAAAGAUUGGAAGGUUGAAGCUGUUGGAUAAUCUUGACCUAUCGAAUAAUCGCCUUUCAGGUCAAGUUCCCUUAAGCCUUUCUCAAGUGGAUCGUCUAGGCAGAUUGGAUUUGUCAAACAACAACUUGUCUGGAAAAAUUCCAAUCAGUACUCAACUACAGAGCUUUGAUGUCAGUUCAUAUGCAGGGAAUUCUCAACUUUGUGGAGCUCCUCUUCCAAAGAGUUGUCCUGGUGAUGAACCAACAAUUACUUCUAAAGCUCUUGUAGUUAAAAAUGAUGAGGAUCAGGACAAGUUGGUAACCACUGGCUUUUAUGUUAGUUUGGGACUCGGAUUUCUCGUUGGACUUUGGGGAUUUUGUGGAACAUUACUCUUUAACAAGACUUAAAGAUACUUAACUUUGUUGAAAAUCUAAAUCUGUGAGCAUUCUCUUUCACAUACUAUCUAUGUAGCCUUUGUUAACGAUGUUCAAGAUAAUGUCUAAGGAGAUUUAACAUUUUCUUUUCACUUUCAUAUUAACAUGUUGAAGAAGAUUUUGCACAAGGAAUAAAAAGAGGAGUUUUUGGAAUAAUAAAAGAAGUAAUGUAUUAGCGUUGUUGCUUUAAAUAAGAUUUUUUUUCUUUACCACAAAAAUUUGGUAUUGUAUUGGAGACACUCUUAACUUCAUUAAAUUUGGUUUGAAUUUAUUGAUUA